AUGGGCUCUACCGAGCAACUGCCUAAGAUGCAAUAUCGAUUUCUCGGUCGCUCAGGUCUCCAAGUUUCGGUGAUAUCUCUUGGCGGCUGGGUGACGUAUGGAGGUCAUGUUGGUGACCAAAUUGCUUUUGACUGCAUGAAAGCAGCCUUUGAUGCUGGCAUCAACUUUUUCGACUGCGCAGAAGCAUAUGCCGGCGGUAAAUCGGAAGAGGUCAUGGGCGAAGCCAUAAAGAAAUUUGGUUGGAAACGCAACGACUUGGUCAUCUCCACCAAGAUCAACUGGGGCUCAGCUUUCGGCUCCAACCCGGUCAACAAUGGCGGCCUGUCCCGCAAGCACUUAAUCGAAGGUACCAACGCUUCCCUCAAACGCUUACAACUCGAUUACGUAGACCUAUUGUACUGUCAUCGACCGGACCGCAAUACACCGAUCGAAGAGACCGUCCGAGCGAUGAAUUAUCUGAUCGACCAAGGCAAGGUGUUUUACUGGGGAACGAGCGAAUGGAACGCCGAGGAGAUCGCUAUCGCGUGGCAGCAUGCUACAAGGUUGAAUAUGAUCGGGCCGGUGAUGGAGCAGCCACAGUAUAAUAUGCUUGCUCGGGAAAAGGUGGAGAAGGAAUUCGCCUUGCUGUAUGAGAACUAUGGCUUAGGGUUGACCAUCUUUAGUCCUUUGAAGACGGGAAUCCUUACAGGUAAGUACAAUGACGGGAUCCCGGAGGAUAGUCGAUAUGCCAAUGCGAAGGAUGCAUUCAGUAAGGCGAAAGCGGAGACGUAUGGGGACGAGGUGUGGAAAAAGGAUAUCAAAACGGCGAGGGAGCUGAAGCCGAUUGCGGAGAAGUUAGGUUGUGAUCAGGCGAAUCUGGCCAUGGCAUGGGUGAUCAAAAAUCCAAACGUUAGUUCAGCGAUCACAGGAGCGAGUAAGGUGGAGCAGGUCACCAGAACGGUACAGUGCUUGGAGAUCUUGCCCAAGUUGACGGACGAAGUCAUGCGGGAAAUCGAGGACAUCCUGGGAAACAAGCCAGCUCCACUUACGAGACGAUUCUAA